AGUCUGUCUGUCUAUGUUUAUAGAAUAGUACACCUUAAUGCGGACAAACGUGUUUUACCGGGUUAUUUUGAUUUCGUACGCUUGUCCGAUCAACUAUAAUAGACCUUAAUGGUAACAAUAGCCAUUCACAUCAUCCUUUGCAAGUUGCUGUCUGUUCAGUUAAUAGCAGCAUGUUUCCCGGAAAUAAAAAUGUCAACUUAAUGUUUAUGAUUCGUGUUAAAUUUUUUCCCUUUUCGAAUGACUGCAGUUCUGUUUCUCUAUCAGUCCUGGAUUUAUUUCGGCGCGGUUUUAGUUGUCCUGUCAUUUAAUAAAUGUAGUAUUUGUGACUCUCUUAACGCUUUUUUCAGUGUACAGUUUUUGCCCGAAUUCCGCAAUUUUUUCUGCAUAUUAGAAAAUGGCUCCAAAUAUCAACAUGACACAAAGUGUACUUUUCGUUGAUGACUCUGAUAUGUGGUAUACGGCUUUUACAUAUUGUCUAUUGCUCAUUACUAUUGGAGUAUGCUCUGCUCUGCAGUAUGUGGUACAGACUACAAAAUCCAAUCUGCCAUCUGCUAAUAAUAUUCAUUUUCGCAUUUUCCAGCGAAAAUAUUUUGUUGUUUAUUUCUUAGCCCUUUUUGGUGAUUGGCUGCAAGGACCAUAUAUCUAUAAAUUAUACAGUCAUUAUGGUUUUACCAAUUUUCAGAUAGCUGCUCUUUAUGUUGUAGGUUUCUUGGCAAGUGUUUUAUUUGGAACUGGAACUGGAGUAUUAGCAGACCGUUUUGGACGCAAACGUAUGUGCAUGAUGUUUUGUAUUACUUACUCAUUAUGUUGUUUUAUGAAGAUAUUCCCAAACUAUAAUAUUUUACUUUUAGGAAGGCUUCUAGGAGGCAUAUCUACAUCCUUGUUGUUUUCUGUGUUUGAAUCUUGGUAUGUGUAUGAACAUGUCGAAAAUUAUGAUUUUCCAAAGGAAUGGAUUUCAGUUACUUUUUCUAAAGCUACUUUUUGGAAUGGUGUUUUAGCUAUAGUAGCUGGAAUUCUUGCCAAUUUUACAUCGGAAUCUUUGCAGUUCGGACCAGUAUCACCCUUUAUACUUGCAAUUCCAUGUUUUAUUCUUAGUUGUGGUAUCAUGUAUUAUGCUUGGGGUGAAAAUUAUGGCAAACAACAGAAAAGCUCGAAAAAUCUUUGUUUUGAGGGUUUGCAGGUGAUUUUAUCUCAUAAAUUAAUAUUUAUGUUAGGAAUUGUUCAGUCAUUAUUUGAAAGUGUAAUGUAUGUAUUUGUAUUUCUUUGGACACCCAUACUCGAUACAAAACAUCCACCUUUGGGGAUUGUAUUCUCUGUCUUCAUGGUAUGCAUAAUGAUUGGCUCAUCAAUAUAUCAGAUGUCUGUAUAUGCAAAAACAGAACCACAGACUAUGCUUCUUCUUGCUGUUGUUCUUGCAACCAUAUCUCAGUGUGGAUGUGCAAUUGCUACAAGUUUUGAAGAAACAAAUGUUUUGAUAGCAUAUGCAUCAUUUCUUGUGCUAGAGAUAGCAGUGGGAAUAUAUUUCCCAUCUAUUGGGUACAUUAAAAGUGAAUGUAUACCAGAAUCUCAUCGUGCCAAUAUCAUGAACUGGUUUAGAGUGCCUCUGAAUAUCAUAACAUGCAUUAUACUUUUAUCCCUUCAUGGUGAAAUAAACACAAGUGGAAACUGUGUGAUAUUUCUACUGUGUUCUGGUAUGAUGCUAUGCUGUACAUUUAUUAUGUUAAAGAUUAUUAAAGUUUUACCAUAUGUCCGUAUGCACUUAGAACAAAUGUGUUAGGAUAGAGUGUGUGACUGGUGCUUCCAUUUUUGUAUAAAAUAAUCUCCAUUUAUUUUGACAGACAAUGCAAUAAGCAGAUUUUUUUAAGUAUUUCCAUCCUCUCUCUAGUUUAAAUUAUUUAUUAAAUUUCAUUUUAAUUGAAAAAUACUGAAUUUAAAAAAAAUUAUUGAUUCUUAAUAGUUUUUGAUACCACUUUUGAAAUUAUUUUGUAUAUACCUUUGCAUAUUUUGCAUGCUUUAUUGUACUGAUAUGCAUUUUUUAUUCCAUUUUGUUCUGUGUAAUAAAUGCAUUGUGUGACAGAAAUGAUAGUCAAUAUUAAGAAAUAAAUGAGAAAAUAUAGUAUACUAAAAUUGAAAAUGACAAAGAAAAUCUACAUUUCACUUUCAGUUUACUAAGAAUUGGUUUUAUAAAUCCUUGUGACUAAAAAUGUUGUUUAAUUAUUUAUAUAUUUCUUUCAUAAUAAUAAUAUUAAUAUAAUUUAUUUUUAUUAUAUAUUUAUGUUAUGUAAAUAGUAAUCUUGGUUGAAGAUUGAUAAUGCUGAACAUGAAUGAGAUAAAUGCUUAUUCCACAGUAACAUAUUAAAUAUUCAUGUCUGGGACAAAGCCUGCUAUAUUAUUUGUAUGAAUCACUAUGUUGUAUGAAAACUUAAUUGUGAUCAAUUUAUAUAAUACAUAUUCUUUAAUUUUUUUAUCUUAAAUCUUAAGAAAAAAUUCAAUUUUUUAAGAAUAUCAAAUUUAUUAGUAUUGUUUUACAUUUUAUAUAAAAUGUAGGGUGUUUACUACUUCAAAUUGUAUUUGCUUAUCCAUGUCUAUAGUUUGGUUUGUAUUUCCAGCCCAUAGUCAUUGUCCUGGUAAUUAAUUGGCCAUAUUAUUUUCUUGAUCAUUACAUUUUAUGAUGGACAGCUUUGCAUGUGUUUCCAUUAUCAAUAGAAUUACUAUUCUCAUUAUCAUACAAUCUUGUAUAAUUUGAUUACAUUAUAUGAUAAUGAAAAAAUUGACUAAGUAAGUUAAUGAGAAAAGUUUCAUUUCUUUAAUCAUUUUAAGAUAUUAGAGAGCUUCUUCCUUUUGUUUGACAGCAAAGGUACUUGGUUCAGUUUACAUUUUUUCAAAUAUUUGUAUUUUUAAAAUGAAGUAUAAAAAUGAGAGCAAAAAAUAAACUAACUAGGUAUUAUUACAGCACAUGUUAAAACAGUGAAGAAUUAUAGGAAAAUGCAUUAUCAUAGAUUGGAUGCAUUGCUGAAUUAUGAUAUUUAGCCAGUAAACUUUCCUGCUAUUAUCACUUGCUUAUUUUAGGUUUGGCACAUUCUGUGAAAUCCCAAAUCUGACUCGAUAUUAUAAAGCAAGUGAUUAGUUACAGAUUUUAAUGAGCAUGUAAAUCUUGUUUGAAAUUAUAAAGAAUUUUUUGUUAAAUUUAUAUUAAAUUAUAAUUGUAACAAUCUUGCCUAGCUAUCAUAAAAAUAAAUCUAAGCCUUUUUUAAAUCAGGUUUAAAUAAUAAUACUCUUAUCUCUCCCUUACUCCUCUAUACUUGCUAUAAAUAUUCAUGUUAAAUCUUUGUAAAAUAGUAUUACUUUAUGCAUUCGAUAUGAUAGUUUUGAUAAAAGGAGAAUGAUUUAUAAAUUAAGAAAAAGAAUUUAUGGAAGAAUUUUAUUUAUUUAUCUUUAUAAAUAAAGCUUAUUAUUUCA